AUGGAUUAUUCUGCUAAUGUAACAUAUUUGACUUUAGGAGGACAUGUGGAUUUACAGCAUUACAAAUAUUUUUAUUUUAUGGUUACUCUGAAAGUUUACAUAAUGAUUAUCUGCUUUAAUGCAGUAAUAAUUUCUGUUAUUUACAGAAACAAACGCCUCCAUGAGCCCAUGUACAUUUUCAUUGCUGCUUUGCUUUGUAAUGCUAUCUUUGGAGCUACUACUCUUUAUCCUAAACUGCUUAGUGACUUUCUGUCUGAAAAACAAAUUUCCUCUUAUGGGGCUUGUGUAGUUCAAGCAUUUUGUAUGUAUACAUAUGCUUCAUCAGACUUUGUACUGUUAUCAGCUAUGGCCUAUGACAGAUAUGUAUCCAUCUGUAAACCAUUACAUUAUGCAACUCUUGUAAAAAUGUCAACAGUCAGAACACUUAUACUUUUGUCAUGGUUUUUGCCAUGUUGUAUAAUUGGCACAGCAACUGCACUUGCAGCCCGACUUCAGCUGUGCAAAUUUAACUUGAACAGAAUCUAUUGUGAUAUUUAUUCAAUUGUGAAAUUAAGCUGUACAGAGAUCUCUGUCAAUUACAUUUAUGGACUUUUUGCUUUUAGCAUUACUGUAUUUCCUCCAGUGAUCUUUAUAAUAUACUCAUAUAUCAGGAUACUCUAUGUGUGUUUAAAGAACUCUAAGGAUUUCAGAAGAAAAGCUCUACAGACCUGUUUACCACAUCUUUUCAUUUUUAUCAUUUUUUCUCUUAACAUGUCUUUUGAAAUUAUAAAUAACAGACUAGAAUCAAAACAAAUUCCCCACAUUAUUGCUAUGAUUCUGUCAGUUGACUAUGCACUAAUUCCUCCUCUAUUCAAUCCCAUAAUAUAUGGAUUAAAACUGCAGGAGAUUUUUAAUAGUAUUAGAACUCUGUACUGGAAAGAAAUGUCACACAUAUUUGUGUGUAUCCUAUCUUUGUUUCCUUAG